GACAAAAAUGCCUAUGUACUGGGUAAAAAAAGGGAUUGUAAAAAUUAACAUGUUUUAUUAAUAAGAAUAACAUUAAUUUAAUCUGUUUUGUGAUAGAGAUUUGUGAAUGAUAUUAAAAUCUAAACAUAAAGGUGUAUCAUUUUGGGAACUUGUACAAAGUUAUGGUUGAUUGGCAACAAUGGCCAAGAAAAAGAAACCAGCAAAUGUUGCCUCUCGGCGUUCCGCGCGGCGUGGUAAGCCUAUCCAAAAGAGUGCGAUCGAAGGUGAAACCUCCACAACGGUGGAACCACCCUCUGCACCUGCCUCAGAAGACCCACCUCCUGAAACUAAAGAAACCACAAGUGGACAGACUACUUCUGACAUAAAUGCUAAACCAACUCAGGAACUGCCUUAUGUAGUUCUACACAAGAAGUUUGGUAAAUAUCGAUGUUUGUUUAAUAAUGAUGAUACAUUUACAAAAAAAUAUGAUGUUGGUAGUGACAGUGAAACUAACAGUAGCUUUGAGAUAAGAGUUGUAGAUCCUGGUAUAAGUUCUGAAUCAGAUUCCAAUGCUGCUGUGGAUACUCAAUCUGAUACAAAUAGUGGUGCUUGUCCCAGUCCUAUGAACAUUCCAGAUCGUGCAUUGCAUAGUUUUAGUUCUAGAGAUGUAUCUCCUCUGCCUUCAGUCGAAAGCUUAGAUAUACCUUUACCUAAUGAAAAUACCACAGAAAAUAAAAAGGACUUAGGUAAUGCUAGUGAUGAAAAAGAAAUGUGUUCACCAAUAGACCACCAAGAGAUGGAAAACAAUCAGGCCAAUGAAGUUCACAAUGAAGAUCAAGUUCAAAUGUUUAAUGAGCAUCUUUAUGGUGAUGAUGAUGAAGUGAUAACUAUAGUUCAAAUAUUAGAUGAUGAUAAUCAAGAGGGUUAUUAUAAUAUUGAUAUUGAUAGUUCAAAGGAUCAAGAGUUAAGUGAAAAUGACAAAAGUGAAAAUGAAAAUCAAGAUAUUGAAUUUCAAAAAGAUUUUGAAAAACUUAAUCUAGUUCCAACAUUAAAUCCUAGUUCUCCAAUGCAGUAUUGUGAAGAAGUUAUCAGAAACUCUAAUUGUGUUACUCCAGAUUUACAGUUCCCUAAAGAGAAUUUGGAUAGGCCUGAUCCAAGUUUAACACCAAGCUCAACUAUAUCUGAUGACAGCAACUCUUCAAGAGCAACAGACCAGGUGCAGAACAAUUCAAAUGAUUCCUCAGAGUCCUCUCCAUCAGGUGUUCGAAGAUCUAAUAGAAUAAAAACAAUAAGUACAUUAAAGCAAAAGACUAAAGGUUAUGGUUUAGUCAGAAAUACACUGAAAAAAACAUUAAUAACACAAACAAAACUAAAACUUGAAGAGUCAGGGUCCGAAAGCCAAGAUAAGCCUUCUGAUGCCUUAAACCAAUCGAAUACUAAUCCUCCUCCGUUUCCUGUUCCAACAGAAAUGCCUGUUAAAGUUAAAUCUAGGUGGCGACGAUCAAGUGAACUUGAAAUGGGGGCAAGUUCACCAUCAAUUUCUCCAUUAGCAAGCCCAAGUUUGCCAAAACUACCUCCUGUUGAAGAGAAACAGCAUGUUGAAGAAGUAAAAGAAGUUAUUGCCUUGAGUAAAGAAGCUUAUGAUAGAAUAAUUGAAGAAAGAAUGAACCAAUACCAACAUUUGGAUGAAAAUGAGUAUUUAUGUGAUAGAAUGAUAAGUCGGGAUACAAAGAAGAUGAUUUGUGACUGUUUUAUGACCAAAGAAGAGUUGGAGAGAGGAGAACUUGCUUGUGGAGAAGACUGUUUGAAUAGACUCCUUAUGAUUGAAUGUAAUUCAAGAUGUCCCGUUGGAGAUAGAUGUACAAACAGACGGUUUCAGAAAAAAGAGAAUGGUGCUCUAAAAGUUUUUUAUGCUGAAAAAAAGGGGUGUGGUGUGGAAGCUAGUGCUAAUGUUCCAGUAGGUGAAUUCCUAAUGGAAUAUGUGGGUGAAGUGCUAGCUUAUGAUCAAUUCUACAAAAGGGCCCAAGCCUACUCCGAUGAAAAUAACCUCCACCACUAUUUUAUGUCACUCAAAGGUGAUACCGUAAUUGAUGCUACAGUGAAGGGAAAUAUCUCUCGAUUCAUAAAUCAUUCCUGCGAUCCAAAUGCUGAAACUCAGAAGUGGACGGUCAAUGGAGAACUCAGAAUUGGAUUUUUCAGUAAGCGGGAUAUUCCUAUUGGGGAAGAAAUAACAUUUGACUACCAGUUUCAAAGAUUUGGCAAAGUGGCGCAAAGGUGUUACUGUGGUGCUGAGAAUUGUAGGGGCUGGAUUGGGGCCGAACCUGAUUCGGAGGAUGAAGAUUAUGAGGAGGAGGGAGACGUGUCUACGUCCAAGUUCACAGCUGAGUCUGAGGAGAUGCAGACCACAGAAGACAAGGCGAAACCCCGAGUGCGGAGACCAAGAAGAGAUCGCAGUUAUAAACCUAGUGCGGACUUAGUUCAAGAUGCUGAUAUUGAAGAAGAUCUGGAAGCCCUCAGUCGCACCGGAGUUAAGAAUCAAUGUCAUACACUCCGCCUAUCGCGUACAGUCGUCCGCGCUAAGACGCGCCGCGCGCAGGCCGCACUAUUGCGGCUCUUACGCGACGCUGACUUACCUUGUCGCCGACUGUUCUUGGACUACCGCGGGCUAAGGCUGUUAGCGCCGUGGUGUGCUGAUGCUUCUUUGGACUUUAAAUUGGAAAUGCUUCAAACAGUAGAUAGAUUGCCCAUACCCAACAAGACAAUGGUGCAAGAGACACGCUUCUUCACAAUCAUUGAGAGAUGGCUCAGCUCUUCAGAAAUCCCACCGGAGCCACCUGUUUUCAUCGAUGAGGCUACUGGUCUACCGGUUGAACUGGGGAGCAGACCCGUUCCAGAAGUAGAUAAAGCCAAAGAGAAUGCUGCUAUGCUUGAGAAAAUUAAAGAUCUGUCAUCGCAGCUUUUAGAUAGGUGGUCUAGUCUCAAAGAAGUUUUCAAAAUCCCGAAAAAAGAAAGAAUCCAGCAAAUGAAAGAGCACGAACGCCAGGCCAAUGUUGAAAGGCGAGCUGCGGACUCCAGUGGGUCACGCGAUCGUGACCGCGAUCGAGAACGCGAACGUGAUCGUGAGAGACGCGAGGAACGUGACCGUGACCGUGAUCGCGAUCGAGAGAGGGAGAGGGAACGAGAAAAGGAGAGGGAUAGAUAUAGAGAGAGGGAUCGAGAGAGGGAAAGAGAUAGAGAUAGGCGGAAAAGACGAAGCAGUCCAGAAGGGAGGCGGAGUAUACGACUUACAGACCGAGUCCUAGCGGCCAUUCCACCAAUGAGCAAAGAGGAGAGACGUCGAGCCUUCGCAGAAGCAGCUGCAGCGGCCGAUGAGAGCAGACGGCAGAGAGACAGUCAAGCAUUCAUGCCCUACUGGCCACCGGAUUCAUUCUCACAGAUGUUCCCACAAGGAAUGAUUCCCGGACAACCCACUAUAAUGCCAAAUGGACCGAACAUGAUGCCAAACAGACCCCCGUUGUUACCAAAUGGACCGAAUAUGCUACCCAAUGGGCCUAAUAUGAUGCCAAACGGGCCAAACCUAAUGGGUCCGAACAUGUUACCAGGGCCGCAGAACAUGUUAAGUGGUCCACAAAAUAUGAUGGGUGGCCCGAAUCUCAUGAUGCCGGGUAUCAUGCCGGGUAUGAUACCGGGUGAUGUGCCUCCGGAAUGGAUCGGGCCGAACGGGGAGUUUCAGGGUCCUCCUGGAUUUUGUCCACCGUUUCCGGGGCAGCCAUUUUGUGUUCCACAACCCAAUGUGAUGGGAAUGAGUGGGUUCGGUGUGGGUGGGUUCAUGUUCGGUCAGCAGAUGGGACCCUUUCCACCUCAAGCGUCCAGACCUAGCACUGCACCUCAGCCCAUGGUCACGGAGAGUGCAAAUGCAGAGGAGGAUGAUGACGUGGAGCCGGUGUUGCCGUCCAUGUGGAGGAGUGCCUUGGACGACAGAGGCCGAAGGUAUUACUACCACGUGAAGCUGAGGCAGCCGCAGUGGCUGCCACCCCCUCAGCCGCCUCCAUCACCAGAUGAAAGUUCUUCUGAUGAGGAAGCGGACGCUAUGAGUGCAGUGGAAACGGCUGUAGUACGAAGGCAGAUGAAGGGCAAGAUGGUGGAAGGUGUUAAUGGGAUUUAUGAGGUGAUAAAGGCGGACGGCUUGAUACCGGAGCAUGCGCUACUCAGCGAUAAGCCGCGCAAGAGACGUCCAGGUCUGGUCACGGAGAGGCCGAUUAGCCCCCGUACUGAAGAGGACAAGCUGGCCGGCCGUAUGGAGGUGAAAAGAUACAAACAGACGAAGGAGAAGUUGCGUAAACGACGCGAGAAGCUUCUCCAAAAAGUCCGUUUGUUGGCUGCAGCUAAGUCGAAACGGGGCAAGGAGUUGACCCAUAAGGAUCUCAAGGAACUAAAGUUCGGUGAUCUAGACGACUCUGACAGCGAUUCAGAUGACGACUCGGACGUGAUCCAAAUCCUUGAGAAGCUGUCCUCUCCGCCCCCUGAGAAACCCGCCCCCGCUCCGCCAUCCGCUGCUGACGUGGAGGAGAACGCCAGGAAGAUCAAGGAGCAGUUCCGGAGUAGCAUGGCCAGGGUUAUGGUGCAACAUUUGAACCCAUAUCGUCACUCGUCAGCCCCCGCCGGUCGCAUCACCUGUACAGCUGAUUUCAAACAUCUUGCUAGAAAGCUAACUCACUUCGUGAUGCUAAAAGAACUUAAGCAUUGCCGGACAGUAGAAGAGCUGGUGGUGACUGACUCGGUACGAUCAAAGGCCAAAAUGUUCGUCAAAAAGUACAUGGCCAAAUUUGGUCCCAUUUACCAACGGCCACCUGAAGAGGCCGACUAGCACGUGCUGAAGAUAAAAGCUAUGUAUAAUAGCUUUCCAUAUUGACUGUGAAGUUAUCAUGAGAGUUGGCUAGAACUUUCGUGUGAAGUUAGCCGACAGCUAACGAGAACAGUGUGAAAUUAAGUAGAGUACUGUCGUAUAUAGGAGUGGUGUGAAGUUAGCCAUCAGCUGAAUAUAACAGUGUUAAGUGAACAUUGUGACGUACCAAUGGUGUGAAGUUCGCGCGGGAGUUCUAAGUAUGAAGAUUUCAAUUCCUAAAGAUGUUUGUGUGAGAUAUUGACGUUAAAUUCGCUUAUGUUGACGAAAAAAAAAAAUACGGAUAACUUUUUUUUUAUAUAUUUCUGACAAAAUACUUUCAUUUAGUGAAGUAAGGUCCAAGACGUUUUUAAUGUUAAUUAUGAUUUGAUUAUAUAAAUUAUGAAUUCUGAUUGCCUGGCAAUUCAUAUAAUAAAAAGGUUCUUAUAUGUUAGAAAGUACACAUGAAAAUUGUCACUAAACAGCUCACUUUGUUGACUAGUAAAUAAACAUUAGCAAUCGUAAGAUUUUUUAUAAUUAUAAGAGCAAGUUUCACUACUGACAAUUUCAAUUGAAAAUCGAAAUACUCAACAAACGGACAUAUACAGGGUGGUUGAUACGUUAUAAUUAACUAUAUAUAUCCUCGUUGAGCGAUAAUGUGUGCAUGCUCCUGUUCAAUGAUAUUGACUUAACACCCUGUAUUACAUUAAUUUAAAAUUACUAUAGUGACCAUAGUGACUCAACACUUUCUGUAAUACAUAGAAAAUAUUAGUUCUAAGUGAAUUUGGAAACAGUGGCGAAGUUUUUAAAGUUUUUAAAAGCACUUCACAUUCGACAAAACUGCAAAAGUUUAAAAAAAUCAUGUACUGAUAAGAUUUGUAAAUAUUAACCUAUUGUAAAUUCAUUUUUAUGAUUUAAAAAAAAACUGAGGGUAGUUGUGGAACUACCCUCAUUUUUUUGAUAGUGCAAUCCAUGAUGACGCGUUACCAUAUUUAUAAUUGUGUUGUAUAUCAUUAUUCACUGAUGGAUUCGGACUUCGUUAACUCAUUAUAUUAGUAAAGACACCAUACGAAAAUCCAUCAAAAUGUGUACAGCAAAUAUACUGUUAGACAUACCACUUGCUUCUGUCAACGUUAAAUUUCAGGUCAUAUCCAAGUUCCUAAAUUUGUAUAGAAAAGUGAGUUUACAGUAAUUUCCAGUUUUUUUUUUAAUAUUAAGAGUGUGUCAUCGUGGCUAGGCCUAUAUAUAUGUGGCUAGCGCAACAUAUAUAUAUUUUUAAUUUUCAAUGAUCUCCGAUUGGGAUUUUUAGGGCUCGAAUAAUAUAAGUACAGUAUUAGGUGUGUAAUAAUAAUUUGUCAAUUAUAACGAUCUUACUGACCGAAGUAUUUAUUCGAUCAGUGAACUUCGGCCUAAACACGUACGUAGGUCCUUGUCGUUUUCUAUUAUAAAGAAAGAGAUAGUGUUUCAGACUACUUCGCUCUUGAUAUAGUGAUAGUUGAUGUUUUGUCUUUGUCUAUGCUUAGUACAAGAUAAAAACAGCCUCAUUUUACAUAUGGUGUAUAGCUAAUGAGUUUUAUGCUUUUGUAAAUUAUGCCCCAGUUUUUUUAUGAGUUGUAAAAUUAACUUGGAUAUCCGUUGCUAACUGAGAAAUCUUAUUUCAAUAUAAAUCCAGUAGCUCUACCUUAUAUAUAAAACGUGUGUGCAGUUAUGUACACGCGUUAGAAGUUAUACUUCUUUGGCGUAAGGCAAA